AAUUAAUAUUUUAUAAUUUUAAAUAUAUAUUUUUCAAAAAUUUAUAAAACAUAGAUUAAUUCAACGUUUAUGAUUUGAAGGUUAAUUUGCCUAUUGACACUAUAGUUAGUAUGAAAGUUGAAGUGGAUAUGAUAUACCUUGGCCCUCCCUCUUCUAACACAUGCAUUUUGAUUCUGACUUAUUGUAUUGCCUCACACACCAAUGGCUGCAACUUUUCAUCCAUCACAUGUUCUCUUACUUCCCACAACCCAAAAGGCAAAAAACUCAUCACCACCCAAUAAGUUACUUCAAAACUGCAAAACCCUCAAUGAACUGACACAGUUACACUGUGACAUGAUGAAGAAAGGUCUUUUUCAUAACCUCAUUGCUGCUUGUGUUCAAAUAGGUACCCAUGAAAGUUUGAACUACGCUUUCAAUGUUUUCAAGGAAUAUGAUGGACCCACGUGUUCCCUUUACACGUGUAACUCUCUGAUUAGAGGGUGUGCUUCAUCUGGGUUAGGUAAAGAAUCAAUCUUUAUUUACGUUUACAUGGUUGUUGUGAUGGGUGUUGUUCCUGACAAGUUCACCUUCCCAUUUUUGCUUAGUGCUUGCUCUAAGAUUUUGGCGUUUUUUGAGGGUGUUCAAGUUCAUGGGGUGAUUGUUAAAAUGGGGUUGGACAAAGAUUUGUUUGUUGCAAACUCUUUGAUACAUUUUUAUGCUGAAUGCAGCAAGGUUGAUUUGGGACGAAAGGUGUUUGACAAAAUGCUUGUGAGAAAUGUUGUGUCUUGGACUAGUUUGAUUAAUGGUUAUAGUGGAGUGGACAUGGCUAAGGAGGCUGUGUCUCUAUUCUUUGAGAUGGUUGAGGCUGGUGUUCAACCAAAUCCGGUGACUAUGGUUUGUGCUAUAUCUGCUUGUGCCAAGUUGAGGGAUCUUGAAUUGGGUAAAAAAGUUUGUGCUUUUAUGAACGAGUUGGGGGUGAAACAUAAUACACUCAUGAUGAAUGCGCUGCUUGAUAUGUACAUGAAAUGCGGAGAUGUGUGUGCUGCAAGGGAAAUUUUCGAUGAAUGUACUGAUAAGAAUUUGGUUAUGUACAACACUAUCAUGUCAUACUAUGUGCACCACGGUCUGGCUGGUGAAGUGCUAGUGGUUUUGGAUGAAAUGCUGCAAAAAGGACAGCGACCGGAUAAGGUAACCAUGUUAUCUACUAUUGCAGCCUGUGCGCAGUUAGGCGAUCUUUCUAUUGGGAAAUCAUCUCAUGCUUAUGUCUUCAGGAAUCGACUGGAGAGUUGGGACAACAUUUCCAAUGCCAUCAUUGACAUGUACAUGAAAUGUGGCAAAAGAGAAGCUGCUUGUAAAGUUUUUGACAGUAUGUUAAAUAAGACGGUGGUGACAUGGAAUUCGUUAAUUGCAGGUUUGGUUAGAGAUGGUGACGUGGAAUUAGCUUUGAAAAUCUUUGGUGAGAUGCCAGAGAGUAAUCUUGUAUCUUGGAACACAAUGAUUGGGGCCAUGGUUCAAGAAAGCAUGUUUGAGGAAGCUAUUGAUUUAUUCAGGGAGAUGCAAAACCAAGGGAUUAAAGGAGAUAGAGUGACAAUGGUGGGUAUUGCUUCUGCAUGUGGAUAUUUAGGAUCUCUUGACCUUGCUAAGUGGAUCUAUACUUACAUUGAGAAAAAUGACAUUCACAUUGACAUGCAACUUGGCACAUCUUUGGUUGACAUGUUUUCUAGAUGUGGUGAUCCUCGAAAUGCUAUGCAUGUUUUUGGAAAUAUGGAAAAACGUGAUGCAUCUGCCUGGACUGCUGCCAUCAGAGUUAUGGCAGUGGAGGGAAAUGCAAAAGGGGCUAUUGAGCUUUUUAAUGAGAUGCUCAAACAAGAGGUGAUACCAGAUGAUUUUGUUUUUGUGGCACUAUUGACAGCAUGUAGUCAUGGGGGAUAUGUGGACCAAGGUAGACACCUUUUUUGGUCAAUGGAAAAAACCCAUGGAGUAAGCCCUCAAAUUGUCCACUAUGGAUGUAUGGUUGAUUUGCUUGGUCGAGCUGGUUUGUUGGAAGAAGCUAUUGAUCUAAUGAAAAGCAUGCCAAUGGAACCUAAUGAUGUUAUAUGGGGAUCUUUUCUAGCAGCUUGUCGGAAACACAAAAAUGUCGAAUUGGCACGUUAUGCAGAUGAAAAGAUAACUCAAUUGGUCCCAGAAAGAGUUGGGAUUCAUGUGCUGGUAUCCAAUAUCUAUGCAUCAGCUGGAAAAUGGACUGAUGUUGCAAGAGUGAGAUUGGAAAUGAAGGAGAAGGGGGUCCAGAAAGUGCCGGGAUCAAGCUCAAUAGAAGUUCACGGUUUGAUUCAUGAGUUCACCUCUGGUGACGAAUCACACACAGAAAACACCCAAAUUGGAUUAAUGCUACAUGAAAUAGACUGCAGGCUAUGCCAGGCGGGGUAUGUUCCUGAUACAACCAAUGUCUUACUCAAUAUCGAUGAGCAAGAGAAAGAGUAUUUGCUCAGCAGACAUAGUGAAAAGCUAGCCAUGGCUUAUGGAUUAAUCAAUACCAGUAAAGGAAUACCUAUACGAGUAGUAAAAAAUCUAAGAAUGUGUUCUGAUUGCCACACAUUUGCAAAAUUAGUGUCAAAACUAUACAGUAGGGAAAUUACUAUUAGGGAUAAUAACAGGUAUCACUUUUUCAAGGAGGGAUUAUGUUCUUGUAGAGAUUAUUGGUAGUAGAAUUACAAAGAAAAAUUUCACCUCUGGUUUACAAAUACA